ACUAGAUUGCGCACCAAUAGUUAGUUUUGGUAACAUGGUCGGAAGCCUCGUAGUGUCAGCCUUGAUUUGAUAUUGCUCAACAUCUUUGUUUGCAACGCUGCCCGUCGCGUGGUCCCCGCAUUUCACAUAUAAACGCUUGCACUCGCCUGGGAGAAUUCUACCACCUUUCGCUCAUCAUCACUUAGCUUUUUUCUCACCCGUUUCGACGUGAUACACCCGGUCUUACUUUUCCAUAAUCGUCCCCAGGGUGUUGAGGCAUGCAGAGGCCACACGAUACCCAGUUUCUGAGUGAGGCCCUCAGCUCAGUCGAGCCGGGCCUCAUCUAUCCUGAAGCCAAACGCCAAUACGAGGCGCUCGUGCAAGCUUCCCGCAGCGAGAGCGAUGGCCCCAUUAUCAGCGUCUCCGACACGAAUAGCUGCCUGUGGGAGGAUGCGGUAUUUCGCUUACCAUCGUCUUGGAAGAUGCACUUGCAGACAAUAUGCUUUGCGUACAAGACGAAGCAGAAGGUUAUGCACUACCUCCAUCUCCUAGGGAACCGAUUCCGAUGGGCACCGCCCUUGUUAGGGUUCGUGCGCAAGCACGGGUUGGACUCUGCCUUUGACAAAGCUACAGACAGUGGUGAAUUCAAGCCGUGCCGAGAGGUAUGUGAACUUUGCCAUGCCCCAAAUUUAAUCAAUCCAGAAACUGAUAUAUCGAGCAAGUUCCAAUACUUCAUACGCGUCCAGCAACGCGGACUCAAAAUCAGCACCCGCGACUCUCCAACCCAGCCAAACCACGCCCUCCCCGCAAAAUCAAUCUUCAUCAUCCCGACUCUCCCCCUCGCCAACCCCACCGCCUUCUUCUCCUGCCUCGGUACCCAAGGUUCCAUAGCAUCCCUAUGCAACACCCAAGCCCUCCUUACAUUCCCCGCCGCCAUGCUCCUAGAUAUGGAACCCAGAAUCAAACACGACCUCCGCAACAACCCCCCGCUCUUCCACCCUCCCUUCAACACCACCAUCGGACACAACCACCCCUACAACCCCCAGAAAAAAGAAUGGGACGCGCUCUUCGAGCACCUCCUCAAAGGCAAUUUCCCGCUCCUAAAGAAGGAAGGCGGCGCCAUCGAGCGCGAGCGCGAUGGGUACGGGCUCGUGGAUCUGAGUAUCUGGUGUGCAGGCUGGAUCAGCGAGCGCGGCAAAACAGGAACGUCGGAGGAAGGGAAAGCCGAGCGCGUUCGUCUGCGUGCGUCCAAGGAUGAACAGAAAUUGAAGGACGCUACUACUGGGUUCCAGAAAUGGCUUGUUAGUCAGUUUGGGGUUGCUCGCGAGAUGGGAAGGAGUGCUGGUGCUUCUUCUAGUAGCUCUGCUGCUCUUGUGGAUAAUGAGGCUUCGCGUCAGGCGGGUGGAGGUGCUGGGUCUUCAGCUGGAAGCGACAGGUCCUCUGAUGGUUAUCCUGGAAUAUCUGGUGGAAGUGCAAGCUCCUCUACCGGAAGUACUGCCCUUUCUCAUGAAAGCGCUUCGCCUUCCUUCGGGAAAAACACGGAUAUCACAGCUCGUGAUACUCCGAGGAGACCUAGGUCCACGAGCCGCAGAGACAGACGAAGGAGCAGUCUAAUUGAGGGUGUGGAUGAGGUCAUUGCCGAGGGGGCCACCGAUACCAUUCCUUUCCGGCUCGGGCGCGGAAGCGCGACCAAGGAGAGCCGUGAGGAUGCCUGA